UAGCUGAGAAUGAGCUAUCAGUUUCAGCGUAAGACUUCGGAGAGCAACGCCCUGCAAACGUUUCCUGCUGAACGUUAUUAUCUCAGUGCUUUUAAGUUAACACCGUGGCAGUUUCACCAUGCAACUCUGCCUUGUUGUUUUGCUGAUUUUGGUCGCUAUUUGCCAUGGGAAAUCGACCAACACGCCUAAGGAUGAUCCUAACAAAAUGGACGCGGGACUUAAAGAGGAUUCUGCCUGUAAAGGAAAGCUGUGCCCUGUGAACAAAUCAAACAUCAAACCACGGUCUUGCGUGGAUCAUCUAAAGAAUGGCGCCAACCGCUGUGGUUACUACAAGAUUUAUGAUACUGUUGGAAAUGGAUUCACUGUGUACUGUGAUUUGGAGACGGAGCCUGGUGCAGCAUGGACUCUUGUUGUAUCUUGGAGCGUGAAAAAUAAGGGAUUCUCGAGCUUCAGGAGCUCCCCUCUCUCAGUCAACGAUCCGGUUAACGAAAAUUCGCCAAACUGGUUCCUCUAUCGACUGACAUCUGACCGAAUGAAGUCCUUAAAACACGUAUCAACCCAUUGGCGGGCUACAUGCAGUUUUGACAAGUACGGUAUCAACCAAUACAAAGAUUAUGUCCGUGGACAGUUUGCGGCGGCUGAUAUUCUCGCUUUCCUCGGUUCAGGUAUUUGUCUGAAGACCGAACUUGUGAACAUCCGUGGUCACAUUGGAAUACACAAGACAGCCAGAUUUUGGCAGGUUGUCGGCACGUACUUUCUGCACAUCGACAGCGCCAGUAAGGGUUGCCAGUUUGAUCCAACCGUUAGCUCCGUGUCAAGUGAAGAUAACUUUGGGUUUUACGACCGCACAAAUCCCAAGUUUACCUGUACCACGAAUGAGGACUCCACCACUCAGUGGUGGUUUGGUGGAUAUCAAUAAUUCACUGAACUCUGCCCCUAAACGUACCCAGCAUCAGUCCUGCGUGGUUUAAUUU